AUGGAAUUUCCCGAGGUUGGCUCUAACUGUGCCCACAAGUCUUGUAACAGAUUGGUAAGAUGUUCUGGCUGCCAGGGUGUUUUUUGCAAGGAUCAUUAUACAUAUACUGCACAUUCUUGUCCGGACGCCGGCAAGGACGUGCAAGUACCUAUAUGUCCUCUAUGUGGUACCCCUGUUCCUUGUCGCCCUGAAGAAUUACCUGAUAUAAGAGUUGGUCAGCAUAUCGAUACGGCCUGUCAAUCUAAACCUGCCUUAGAGUUAAAAGGCAAAGUUUUUCCAAAUGCAUGUAGUAUGGCUCGGUGCAAAAGAAAGGAACUUAUUCUUCUUGUCUGUGAUAAGUGUCACAGAAACUUUUGUGUUAAACAUCGAAAUGAACUUGAUCAUCAAUGCGAUGGCCCUCUACCUUCUGGAUCAUUGAGUAAAAUUCCCCCCUCGGGAGCCGCCGCCAUUUUUCGGGCCAUGCGUCGGAAUAAAAAUGCAAAUAAUUGUCAAGCUCAGGUGAGUUAUUAUUAA